ACCAGCUCUCAUUCACCCGUGACUCAAAAUUUCUACUAAUGGCACAGACAAUUCUCCUGCUGCUCUCCGGAACCCUGACCCUGACCGAGACCUGGGCAGGCCCACACAGCCUGAGCUAUUCCCACACGGCUGUGUACCAACCGGGCAGCGGGAAGAACCGGUACAUCGUCGUCAGCUAUGUGGACCACACGGAGAUCUUGCGGUUUGAUAGUGACCACGCCGCGAAUCCAAAGUGGGAACCGCGGGUACUGUGGCUGCAGCAGACGUGGGUGGAGCAGGAGGACCCAGAUUUUUGGAAGGACCAGAUGGUGGAAAUCAAGCACAACGAACAGACCUCCCGGGAAAACCUGAAGAAGCUGCGCGCCCACUACAACCAGAGCGAGGACGGGUCUCACACCCUCCAGGAAAUGACCGGCUGCGUGGUGAGGUCAGACGGGAGCUUCCUCCGCGGGUACAGCCAGUUCGCCUACAACGGUGUGGACUACAUCUACCUGAACGAGGACCUGCGCUCCUGGACCACGGCCGACACAGUGGACCAGAUCACCGGGCGCAACUUGGUGCAGGUCCCCGAGGCGGACCUCACGAGAUUGUUCCUGAAGGUCACGUGUGCACGCCGCCUCCAGCUGCUUUUGGAGAAGGGGAAGGAGGCCCUGCAAAGAGCAGACCCUCCAAAGACACUCCUCACCCACCACCCCAUCUCUGACCAUGAGGUCACCCUGAAGUGCUGGGCCCUGGGCUUCUACCCUGCGGACAUCACCCUGACCUGGCAGCGUGAUGGGGAGGACCUAACCCAGGACAUGGAGCUUGUGGAGACCAGGCCUGCAGGGGACGGGACCUUCCAGACGUGGGCAGUUGUGGCCGUGCCCCCUGGAGAGGAGCAGAGAUACACGUGCCAUGUGCAGCACCAGGGGCUGCCUGAGCCCCUGACCCUGAGAUGGGAACCCACUCCAGAGACCAACACAGACCCCCCUCCUCAGACCACCAUCACCAUUGUGGGCAUCAUUGCUGCCCUGGGUCUCCUUGCAGCUGUGGUCACUGGAGCUGUGCUGUGGAGGAGGAAGAGCUCAGGCAGAGGCAGGGAGAGCUACACUCAGGCUGCCUACAGCAACAGUGCCCAGGGCUCUGACGUGUCUCUCACAGCUCCUAAGGGCUGACAGACCUGCCUUGUCCAGGACUUGGUGCUAAAACACUCACUGCAGCCUCCCCUUGGGACUUUCGGGAGCCCUGACUGCUGUUUCUGACCAGCAUCAGAAUGUGUUUGCAUUUUCAUCAGUAUUGUGUGAGGAGCUGCUCACCAGUCCACUCUCCCAGAGGGUCCUGGUCCUCUCCCCUGGGGACAGUCCUGUCCUAGCAGAGUUAGGGUGAGGCCAUCCCCAACCUGGUCAUUCCUCGGCUGGGUCAUCUUUCUUGUGAUUUUAUCCUUCCCACUUGAGGAGAACCUUGUCCCACCAGGACCUGGGAUCUCAGGGACUUGAAUGUCACCCUGGCCUUGUGGUGGCUCCAGGACUGUGCUCAGUGAGGGCCACAGGAGGCCACAUCACCCUGGGUCUGGCCUUCAGCCCCUGUUUUGGGUAUUUUAUUGUUUCUUUCUUUUCUACAUGUUAUAUGUAUUCAUUUUCUUAA